AUGCCAGCUCUCAAGUCCAUCACUCCCUUUCCGGUCGAGGGACUGCUCCCCAAGGAGACGACUCAAGCCAAGUCUUUCCUGGAGAAGUUUCCCAAAUAUGAUGGGCGCGGCGUGAGGGUGGCGAUCCUCGACACGGGUGUGGAUCCAGCAGCCAAAGGUCUCGAAGGCAAGGUUGUGGAUGUCAUCGAUUGCACUGGCUCUGGUGACACUUCCCUCGAAGCUGUCAAGCCCUCGCCAGAUGCGCCGUCCGACAAGAUUGGUCUCAAAUCGCCUACCACUGGGCGCGCGCUGCUAGUCAGCUCAUCCCUCACGAAUCCAUCUGGCAAGUGGUUUGUCGGCACCAAGCCGGCAUACGAAUUCUGGCCAAAAGAUCUCAUCGCGAGGCGCAAGUCUGAGCGUCGCAAGGAGUGGGAUGUCGAGCAGGAGAAGCUGCGCGCGUGUGUCCAGUUCGAAUUGAACCGGCUCUCCAACGGCCCUGCCCAGGGUGUACCCACCGGCUCUGAAAAUGCUGAGCAGACGCAGACUGAAGACAAGGAUACCGAAGCGAAGAGAGUUGACUUGGAAGCGCAGCAGCGAGCUUCCGCCAAAGUUGAGCUGACUGCGCAGCUCGAGGUGCUCAAGGAUCUCGCCACAACCUACUCGGAUCCAGGACCCAUCAUCGAAGUCGUGGCGUGGCAUGAUGGCAAAAAUUGGCGCGCUGUCGUCGAAGGUGCGGAGGGCUCCGCUUGGGACCCCUCACAAGGUCUCCAUCCCGACCGUCUCAAGAAACUUGAAGACAGUACGCUGGACUUCUCGGCCAGACCAGCACUGACCGAUUUCCACAAGGAGAGGCAGCAUGACACAUUUGGCCAGAUCGACCUGCUCACGUACAGCGUGAAUUUCCUGUUCGAAUCCCCGCCGCCCGAAAAUGAGCAGGUCAAAGGAGAUGCCCAUGCGCCAUCAGGCAUCAGUCUCUGCGUGGUCAGUGGGUCGCAUGGAACACACGUCGCCGGAAUUGUCGGAGCCAAGCGGGAUGAUGAUCCUGAGCAGAACGGAGGAGCUCCAGGCUGUGAGCUAGUCAGCUUGAUGAUCGGUGACGCUCGCUUGGGCUCGAUGGAGACGCAGAAGGCCUUAGUACGGGCAGCCAGAGCUAUUAUCGACACCGGCUGCGCCGUGGCCAACAUGUCCUUCGGCGAAUCCGGCGUUUGGGGCGUAGACAACAAAGGCCUCUUCGCAGAGCAGCUGCGGGACAUUGUCAUCAGAGAGCAUGAUUGUCUGUUUGUUUCGAGCGCUGGCAACUCUGGCCCUGCGCUCAGUACACUUGGCCAGCCGGCCGGAACGACUUCGGGUGUUAUCACUGUCGGCGCGUAUGUCGACGCUGGCUCGAUGCUAAAGGCGGAGUACGCCCUUUUGGAAGAUGGGAUCAAAAGCAGCACCACAACCUGGUGCUCCAGAGGCCCUGUUGCCGACGGUGACUUAGGCGUGGACACGUACGCGCCGGGUGCGGCAAUCACCUGCAUUCCGAGAUACUGUCUUCAGAGCACCAUGCUGGCCAAUGGCACUUCAAUGGCUUCUCCAAGCGCAGCGGGCGCCUUGUCCCUUAUCGUCUCCGGCUUGCUAGCAGAAGGCACCAAAUUCUCUGCCGCUCGCAUCACCAAAGCCUUGCGCGCAAGCAACAAGGAUGUACGCGAUGACCUGGGUGUAGGCUUCAUCCAAGUCGAAAAGCUCUGGUCGCAUCUGCAAGAUCUCAAAGACGACCCUGUUGCAGAUGCAGAGUGGCGUGUGGCAGUGACUCCCGCUGGCAAGCCACCUGGACGUGCUGGAACUGAUUUGCGGGGCAUCUAUCUGCGAGAUGAGGCUCAGACGCAAGGCUUGAGUCAGUUUACUCUGACUGCAACGCCCACAUUUGGACCUCGCGAGACCCAGCGCUCCUACGAGCUGCAAGUGCCGGCUGCGAUCGUCAGUACGGCACCAUGGGUCACCACUACUGAGCACGUGUGGAUCGGAAGCAAGGGCCGAGGUUUCGAAGUGAGGGUGGACUGCUCCGACCUCGAGGCUGGCAAGCUCCACACUGCGCGCGUAGAAGGUUGGGACACCAAAACCGGGCGACUCCUCUUUGACGCUCCGGUCACCGUCACCAAGCCGCUGCCUCCCAACCCUACUGUGGUGCUCGAGAAAGUCAAAUUGGAUCACGGAAAGGUCGAUCGGCGCUUCGUCUCUGUUCCUGCUGGAGCUACGUGGGCCGAGCUGAGCUUUCGGUCUGCCAAACAUCAUGUAUCGGGCACAAGCGUACGCUUCUGGUACCAUGGUGUGCAGGUGCUUCCACAUGCUCGCUUGCCCGAUGCUGAACAAGCCUACGUGCUGGCGCUCAACGAAGGCGAGCCAGUAACAAAAAAGUUUCCGAUUGUCGGUGGACACACGAUGGAGAUGUGCUUGGCUCAAUUCUGGUCUUCUGCUGCCGGCUUCGAUUUGGACAUCAAGAUUGAGUUCCACGGCAUCAACUUUGGCGCUGCAAAGACGCCUGGUCGGGACGAGACGACCUUGGUUGGAGGACAAGGCAUCGCUAGGUUGUCGUGCACCAGCAAUGUGCGUAUCGAGACUUUCAAGCCCAGCCUCUCAUUCAACAAGGUCCGGACCUUUGUGCGACCCACGGCCUUUGAGCUGCGACCCCUGCUGGCGGCCCCCCGCGAUACUCUGCCAGCGGGAGGGCAGAUCAAUGAGCUCGUUCUCACCUACCCGCUCGAGAUCAAGGAAGACAAGGCGAAAGUCAGCUACGCUGUCCCUUUGUUCAACCACCUCUACGACUCGGCUGUGCCGAUGCUCUCGCAGCUUUUUGACGGCAACAAGAAGCGAGUCGAAUUUAACGAUGUCUACAGCGGAUCAAAGACGGUGGAGCUCCCGAAGGGAAACUACACACUCCAGGUGGAGCUCUUAAAUCCUGAUGUCAAGGUGCUGGAGAAGCUCAAGAAUGCUACUCUGCGCGUUGACACCAACUUGGGCAAGGAUGUUUCUUUGGACUUGUACGAGGAUCAUGUCGAUCUUUUCGGCUCAGCCAAGCCCGCCACUUUCAACAACAUCAAAUUGCUCCGAGGCGAGAGGAAAUUGCUCGUCAUCGACACAAAUUUGGAGGGCGAUGCUGUGCCGAAGGGUGCUGAGCCUGGCGAUAUCCUGAUUGGUCAUGUCACUGCGAACGGUGGAUCUGAGGGUCGCUCUGGCGAGCUUAGACUGGUUGUACCACCCACUGCCAAAAAGCAGCAGCCUGACGAAGGUGUCAAGCUAAGCACGGAGAAGAAGCUCCCAGAGCUGUUGGCUGGCUUGCUAGAGAAGACUCCCGAGGCCGAAAAAGAGGCUUUUGCGGAUCGUUUGCUGAAGGACUAUCCUGACAAUCUCGCUGUCCUCGUUGCGCGCCUCAAAGCCAUUAGCAAACCAGACGAGAAAGAGAAUGCUCCCAAGCUUCUCGAAGCGGCGAAGCUCAUCCUAGACAACAUUGACGAGCAUGAAGUCUUGCUUCACAUCGGCUCGAAGAAGAUUCCGGUCGCUGAGCGCACCAAGGAGGAGAAGGAGCAGAUCAAAGAGCUUGACGAGAAGAAGGACGCAUACGUCUUGGCUCUGAAUCGGUACGUCCAAACUCGCGCAUUGCUAGCCCAAUCGGCAGAUCGUCCUUCUGCCGAAUUUGAGUCCGCAUUCGCACAGUACAGACGGGUAGCCGAUGAAAAGGACUCUGCCUUUGCUGUUGUGGCCACUUCGUGGCAUGCAGGGCACAAGCGUUACGGCAAAGCGUUGCAGCUUCUCCGAAAGGCUAUCAAGGACUUUGGCGCAGGCACAUCGAGCAAUUUGGAAGAGCUCAACAAAGCUAGAGAGCUUGAAAGGACCUAUCUACAAGCGCUCGAUUGGACGCUCUGGUCUGCCAACGCCGACCGGUUCAAGGCACUUCAGAAUCCCAAAAUUUACAGCGGCUUUUGA